AUGAUGAACAGUACUGAAGGAUCGCGAUCAAUCUACCCGAAGCCUGCGGCAUUCUCGUUGUCAACAUUCUCGAGCAAAGACUUCAUUGUCAAAGACUUCAUAGAGGGCCUUACAGAAACCAGUAGAGCUAUCAACCGCCGCUCCGGGGUCCCAUCAAAUGCUUUCGAUCCAAAGCCCUAUAUUCGCACGUUCGAAGCCGCCCUAGAACGUCUCAAAGACCUAGAUGAGACACUUUCAGAAAAGGAAUCAGAACUGAAGGAGGGAGUACGUCGGGCAGAAAUUGACCAUAGUCGUACUCUGGAGCGUUUAGGCCUCAAAUUUAACUCCACCUUAGCCGAGUUUCAACGUCUGGACAGCAGUAUAUCCGAUGGUGGGGGUAUGGCAGUAAGAAUUGGAGGGCAGCUGGAAGCGCUUGAUAAACAACGCCAGAGAGCGGAAGACGCCAAAUUCUUGAUACAAUGCUAUACUGAAUUUAGUAGAGGAGAUAUGGGAAGAUUGGAGAGCUUAAGGAGGACAGGCAGGAUUGAGGAUAGCAUCAGAUGUGCUGUUGUUGGCAGGCAAUUGAGCUUGAUUGUCAAAAGGACUGAAGGUCCUGGAACUAAUCCUCGGACAAAAGAGCUGAUAGAGGCAUUUUCAGAGACAUUGGAACAAGACCUCUUAAGACAAUUUGACGAUGCUUAUAGGAAGUUCAAUAUCGAAUCUAUGAAGGGAUGUGCAAAAGUGCUCCAUGAUUUCAAUGGCGGUAAUUCUGUCAUUAGCAAUUUCCUUAAUCAAAUGGACUUUUUUAUCGCAACUGGAAAGAUAAAUGCUGGGGAAGUUGUUAUUGAAACCACAGUGGAGGAAAAGCUAUCCGACCCUGAUGAAGGUUCACCAGGACUUGAGCCAAGUCUGAUGGCCUUGGUAAAUGAGAUACGAGACGUAAUGAAAGCGGAGUCCAUUACUAUAAAGGAUGUUUUCCCCUUCCCAGAGCAAGUACUUGGUACAUUCCUGCAGCGUGUAUUCCAACAGUCGCUACAGCAGAGACUUGAGAUGGUUCUAGAUAAGACAUCUACUUUGUCGCCAUUAGCAUUCCUCCGUACAUUACAAGCAUCUAGGGCAUGCGUCAAUACUUUAGCAGAUGAUCUCAAAGCACACGGCUUAACAGAGCAUCCCGGGCCCUUAUCGUCUACUACAACUGUGCUAAUUGACCAGAAUGUCGAAGAGCUAUUUGUACCGUUCCUCCAGGACCGAGGAUAUAUGGAGAAAGAAAAGGAAUCUCUGGAGCAACUCUAUUCCGGGAUCUUAUUGAAAUUUGGCAUGUUUCAUGUUCGUUCCCUGCCAGACAUCCGUGGAGAGAGGCUUGAUUCGAUUUGGAAGCUCAUCAAACUGCGUACCCAGGAACAACGGAAAAAGGAACAAAAUCUCGGAGUUCUCGACCGAUUGAAAAAAUCACGAGAAAGGGCAAUUGAGAAAGUUCUAGAUAGUGAUCUUGGAAAAUCCCAAAGUGAUGCACUUAGCCGAAUUAUCGGUCUCGACCGUAAAUCCGGGAAAACCGGCCAAUUGUCGGAAGUCGUCAUAUCAGAAACGGAUGGUAAACUAAACGUAGAGUCGGCGAAAAGAAUGCUAAAAUGGCUGGCCGAGGCCGUUGGGAGAAGUCUUGAGCUGAGCACUCCGGCUGAUACGCCGAAGGACGUCACCGUGCUAUUGAAUCUCUUAAUCGACAACAUGCGAACUAUGUACUUGGACACCGCCCUUGAUGCUGCUUUGGAAACUGCCGAAGGUCAGACCAAAGGAGAACCAGAUCUAAAUUACUUUUUGGAGAUAAAGCCCGCUACCACAAUUAUGCAUUUAAUGUUUUCUUUCAUCAAUACGGCCUUGAUUCCACUGGCCCAGACCUCUCUUACCGUUAGAAGAGAAAUGAGCAAGUUAACAAACACUACACUGGCAAAUCUGGAACAGAAAGUGAAUAAUAUUAUUCAAAGGACUGUUGAUAUGGUAAUAAGCUACGUCACAGUAUUGCUUAGCAAACAGAAGAAAUCGGAUUUCAAGCCGAAGGACGAUGAAGUCAGUUUGACAACUCUUCAAACGCCAGCUUGUCAAACGGUUUGCGCUUUCCUCCAGAAGGUGUACGAAAUUGCCAAAGAGUCCCUUGAUGGUGCAAAUUUAGACGGAUUCUUGAAUGAGAUCGGUUCUGGUUUCAGAAUGCUUCUGCUAGACCACCUGAAGAAGUAUCAGGUCAACCAAGCAGGUGGUAUUAUGCUGUCGAAGGAUAUUACCAAGUACCAUGACAUUGUUGGUAAAUGGGGUGUUGCGGCACUCAAAGAAAGCUUUGAAUUGCUCCAUGAGAUUGGAAACCUUUUCGUUGUGAGACCCGAUGCCAUAAAAGAACGCAUGAGAGACGGCGUUCUUUCCCGGGUGAAACCACACUUGCUUAAGCCGUAUCUCAUGAAAAGAGAUGACUAUACAUCAGCCGGGAUCGAAAAAACUCUCUCAGCCGAAUUAUCAUAA